AUGGAUCUGAGGGGCAUGCUGAACGAUAACGGUCCUUCCGCAUCGCCGCCGAACAAGCCGUCGCCGCUGCUGCAGCAGAUAUCGCAGCAACCCGCGCUCCCGUCAACCCCGGCGCAGGCUAACCCGCAGCAAUCGUUUCGCGACUACAGCCAGACGCAGCCGUCUCCCGGUAGACAUGUGUCGCAGGAAUAUGGCGCACAUCACCUGCAGUCUGGCUCUUUCGCGUCUUCCCCGCCUUUUCAAGGGGCUCCCGCCAGCUCUUACGCAAGCCGUCCGCCUCUAUCACUUCAACAGCUCCCGCCCAACGACCUUCGAUCGCCGAGCUUGACGGGGCCAGGGCCAUCUCCCUACCGGCAGACCCCCUCUGCCUCCCUCAGCGGCGCAAGCGGCUAUCCCUUCCCGCCGCAGCAGAAUUCCACCAGUCCCGUACAACGACACCAAUACCCUCCGGGCAGCUCAUCAUACCAUCGAGAGAGCUACCCGCAAGCAGCCGCCGCUCCAUAUGUUCAAGGGUCACAUGUUCCCCAAACUCCACCGGUUAGGACUCCAACCACGGGACAGUCCUUUCUGCACCAAGCUCAGUCGGUACAGUCCACACCGACGCCAACAUCGGCCCAGAGUCAAGCCGCACAGUACGGGGCGCCCUUCGCCCAAGGAAGUCCAGUGGCUUCGGCGCGUCCUAUUCAGCCAGCGGACACGUUCCAACGCCCACCCUCUCAGCCACCGAUUCCGAGUGGAGCAAUCCCGCUGUCCGCUCGCCCGGCGCAAUCCGUAGGCUACGCCCAGCACAGCCAACCAUCCAGUCCGUACCAGCAGCGUUUGCCGGGACCCGGUUUCCAUCACAAAUCACAAACAUCCCCACCCCCUCCGCCUCCACCUCCUCUGCCCAGGCAUUCAACUUCGCAAAGUAUCCAGGAGGGUCACAGCCAGGACUCCGUCCGGGGCCCACCGACGCAGGACGACAGAGACCGCAGCCUUAGCGUCAGUCCGAAAACACGAGUCCCCAGUUUGCCAAGCAGCUCCGGUCGCCCCAGCACUUCGGCUACAGAGCCAGAGCCGUACCACAGCCAACCCCACCCUGCUCCGACCAUGGCAGACCGUGCCGCCACACCAAUGAAGCGGAAGCUGGACGAUAGGGAACUACGGCCCGAAGAAUUGGAAAAGCGAGACACACGACCGCCGCCUUUUCAACAGGUAAACGGUCGAUCGGACCGCGUCGACGGUGUCGCGCUCAAAGCUUCUGUGCAACCUCCGGUCGACCCCAAAAAACCGAUGAAGAAGAGAGUGGUCCAUCGGACCACCCCGCCAUGGGCCCAUUCGGUCAAGGAUCGGGCCCCCGCCCACCCGAACCGUGUUCUCUAUCAGCCUGUCCCGCACGCCGGGUCGCAGGCCAACGGCAAGCUUGAUCGCCACCCAGUCCGGCCUGAUCGCAUACAGAGCCGUCAGCAAAGCCGGCAUGCGUCUCCAGAGGAAAAACGUACCGUGGCCAACAACGCACCAGCACCGAGCGUUCCCCCCGAGACUGCUAACCCAUGGGGGCCGUUGGGACCUUGGGAGCCCAGCAUCACCAAUUCGGUUCCUCAAGAGCAAUUCAGUAGGGCGCUCGCCGACUUUCUGUUCCAAUAUGUCAUCCUCAAUGAAGACAUGGGCGAGAUCCAAAGCCGCGGGGUAAAGUUUGAAAUCGAAGCCAAGCUCGGCAUGCUCAUCGACAAGGGCACCAAUCAGCGAGUGGAGCUCCCGGUGCAGACCGAAUGUGUGCUCAGCGAGGGCGGCAACUGGCUCGGCUUUCGAUCCACCAUGACGGAGCAUCAGCACAAGUCCUUCAACGAGUUCCUCAACUUCCUCGUCCAGCAGACCCACCCGGCCAACAAGGCUGCCAGCGCCGCCAUGCCCCGGCCGCGGCUGCCCAUCGACUACCUGCACCGCCGCGAGAUCGACAAAUUCUUUGAGCUCCCGGCCACCGUCCGCGACAAGACCCUUCCGGUGUGUGUUGCUAAGCCCAUCGGCUCCAAGGGCCACGGCGCCAAGGUGCGGGUGACGUACGACCAAAAGACCAACAAGGUCCUCGGCAAGAUCGUGAAGGCGCGCAUCGCCGACAUGAGCCUGCACUUCCCGGACAUGCCGCUCGACUGCCGCAUCAGCGUCAACCUGGAGAUGGAUUGGGACGGCGCGGUCGAGGAGCUCGAGAGGAUGGCGGCCUCUACGGGCCGCCCGCCCAUUCCCCCGCGCAUGAAGGACCGGCUGAGCUACAAGCAUGGGUUCUACCAGAUCGAUUUAACCCAGGUUACGCAGAACGUGACGGGUCAUGGUAAUACGCAACGCACGGAGAAGGAGCACGAGUUGGAGGUGGAGAUUGACCCUGUUCCCGUGAUUGAGCAAGGGCGCAGGGCCAUGGAUGGCCAGCCGCAUCAGUAUGUGGAGGUGGUGGAGGGGUUGGUCAAUAACAUCAGGAUAUUGGCACGGAAGGCGAAGGAGUUUGGCACUUAG